CCAAGACCACGAAUGUUAAAUAAAAUAAUUCUUGCAUCAGAUAAGAAACUAGAACGGAAUAAAGCUUUAAAAUGCGUAUUAUAUUUCUAUCCUUUUCUUUAUAAAGUAAAGAAUGAUUACCCAGAAUGUUCUAAAUAGCUUGUAAACAAUAAAACCUGGAAGUAACGAGGGCAAUUAUAUGGGCAGAAGAAACAUACUGAUAACCUAAGAAACACACAUUAAAUAAUUAUGACCUACAGUAAAAAAAAAUAUUAUUUACUUUUAUAGAAAAACAAAAUUAAUUACAACAACAAAACCAUAAUGUAAAUGUAUUGAUGUAGUAUUUAAUGAAAGAAAAGGUUUAGUGUCAAGUUGUCAACACAGGAACAAGGACCCUUUUAUUAACGGUAAUUAGUGAAGAGAACCAGUAAAGAUAACAAGAUGGCUUAAAGGUAAAGAACAGGAGAAAAAGAAGAUGUAUUGUAUAGAAGGGACGCGUAGAAAAGAGAAGAACCCUACAGUCACGAGGAUUGAGUCACUAAUGGACAUCUUCUCUCUUGUACUACAGGAAAAGACAUUGUGACGCCACAUCUCGGGACCAAAUUUGACGCCGUGUACACUAUGUCCAGUGGGAAAACAACAUACUCCUGUGAGGAAUGUGGAAAGUCAUUUCCCUGGAAGAAUUCUCUGAGGAAACACAUAAUUGCACACAGUGGUGUUAAAAACUUUAAAUGUGAUGAAUGUGGGAAACAUUUUUCAGUAAAUGAUUCUCUCAAGACCCAUAUUCUUGCUGUUCACCGUGGUGUUAAAAACUUCAAAUGUGAUGAAUGUGGGAAACAUUUUUCACAAAAUAGUCAGCUCAAGACCCAUAUUGAGUCUGUUCACUGUGGUGUUAAAAACUUUAAAUGUGAUGAAUGUGGGAAACGUUUUUCAGAGAAGGGUACUCUCAAGGCCCAUAUUCUUGGUGUUCACUGUGGUGUUAAAAUUUUUAAAUGUGAUGAAUGUGGGAAACAUUUUUCAGAGAAGAGUACUCUCAAGAGACAUAUUGAGGCUGUUCACUUUGGUGUUAAAAACUUUAAAUGUGAUGAAUGUGGGAAACAUUUUUCACAAAAUAGUCAUCUCAAGAGACAUAUUGAGGCUGUUCACUUUGGUGUUAAAAACUUUAAAUGUGAUGAAUGUGGGAAACAUUUUUCCAUGAAGAACUAUCUCAGGCGCCAUUUACUUGUGCAUGAAAAAAAUAGAAUUAAAUAAAUUUUUGAAUCAGUUCAGCAGAAGAGUAAUGUGACACUUGAAUACAUCAACUUAAAACCACUUGAGCAAACUUUAUGACUGUAGCCCAAGUUGUUAUUACCGUAUUUACUCGUGCAUAAACUGAUCUCAUGUAGUUUGAUCCCUGAUCUUGUUGUUAAAUAAUUGUGAGCUUUUCAUAUAGCUCUUGUAUAAUAUGACCCUAGGUUUUGAGAAAUACUGUACAGUACAAGGUACCGGUAUAAUCCCAGACAUAAUUAGUAGAAAGACGCCAGAUUCACACCAGCACGUCUUGGCCGUGAUCACCACCAUGACAGCUGAGGCUAUGAACAGUGUUACCACCUCUAAGACUGAAUUACUGUCAGCGUCUUGUUAACUGUGUUGUUUUUUAGUGAAUACAGUGUUAAGUUUAUAAGGAAAAAAUUAAAAAAAUUAGGUAAAAGUUUUUAUUAAA